AUGCAUAUUAGUCCUUUGCUAUGCGAAAGUGUUACAGAUUUCAAUCCGAAAAGCAACGCAAGUGAUGAAGCUGCUUAUGGUUCUGAGAAAGUCACGAAUGGAGAAGACAAUGAAAAUUCUUGUGAUGAGGCUGGUGAUGGUCGUGAUGAGGCUGGUGAUGACGAUAGAGAUGUUGAAGUCGAGAAUUCGACAAGCCAAAUCAAGACAAAACGAAAGAGACAUGAGACUGAAGAUGAAGAAGACAAAAGGGAGAGUAAGACGACACGGAAUAAAGAUGAAGAAGAUGACAUAGUUGAAAGGUUCGAGUUUGAGAUAGAGGAUUCUGUAGCAAAUUGGUUUGAUGAUUUUAGGAUUAAUCGAAAUAUUGUCCCAGAGAGUUCAGAUGAAGAGGAAGAUCCCAUAGUUGUUAGAGAUAGAAAAAUUAGGAUUGGAACAAAUGAUAAGUUAGCUAUUGGAAGAACAUUCUUAAGUGGGUUUGAGUUCAAAGAGGUUGUGUUACAUCAUGCUUUGAGGACAAGGGAAAACAUUAAGCAAAACAGAUGGGGGAAGGACAAAAUGAGCUUUGUAUGUGGUCAAGAUAAAAGUUGUGAUUGGAAAGUAUACGCCGCAUUCGACAAGACUCGGCAAUUGUGGGUUGUGAGGACUACUUGUGGUUAUCAUAGAUGUAAAUCGAACGGGAAAUGCAAGUUGUUGAAGAGUCCCGUCAUUGGAAGGCUAUUCUUGGAUAAACUGAGGUUGCAGCCUAACUAUAUGCCUCUUGAUAUUCAAAGGCAUAUUAAGGAGCAGUGGAACAUACUCAGUUCUAUAGGACAAGUUCAGAGAGGAAGACUUCUAGCUCUUAAGUGGCUUCAAGAAGAAUAUGCUCAGCAUUUUGCUCACCUUAGAGGUUAUGCAACCGAACUCAUAAAUUCAAAUGCGGGUUCCACUACUGUUGUCGAUACCUACCCUAAUGCCGAUGGUGAAGAUGUUUUCAACCGUUUUUAUGUCUGUCUUGGAGCAAUGAAACAAGCAUUUUACUAUUGCCGGCCUAUCAUAGGGAUUGAUGGGACUUUUCUGAAACAUGCCGUCAAAGGCUGCCUAUUGACUGCUAUUGCUCAUGACGCAAACAAUCAGAUAUAUCCAAUUGCGUGGGCAGCUGUACAAACUGAAAAUGCUGAUAAUUGGUUGUGGUUUCUAAAACUACUAAAGGUUGAUUUAAAUCUAAAGGAUGGGCAGAAAUAUGUCAUCAUAUCAGACCGUUCUAAAGGAAUCAUAAGUUCAGUGAAAAAUGAGCUACCAAAUAUUGAGCACAGAAUGUGUGUCAAACAUAUUGUGGAUAACUUGAAGACUAGGCAUGGUGAUAAAGAUUUGCUAAAAAAGCUGGUGUGGAAUCUAGCUUGGAGUUACAACCAUGCUGAAUUUGAAGCAAAUCUGAACAAGAUUAGAGCAUAUGAUCGGUCUCUUUAUGAUGAUGUGAUGAAGGAGAAUCCAAGGAGUUGGUCAAGAGCUUAUUAUAGGAUAGGCAGUAGUUGUGAAGAUGUAGAUAACAAUGCCACCGAGUCCUUUAAUGCUACGAUUGUCAAGAAGAAGCUCUCUGAGUAUGCAACCGAGAUUUUGGAGGAGGAGAAAGAAGAUGCUAUGCGAUGUGAGAUCACAAAAGGAACACAUGGGCGGUUUGACGUGUAUUUAGAUGGGAACUCACAUUCUGUCAACUUGUCAACUGGUAAAUGGCAAUGCUCAUGUUGCAAGUGGCAAAUCACAGGAAUUCCAUGUGAACAUGCUUAUGCAGCAGUUUUAGAUGUUAACAAGGAUAUUGAUGAUUUUGUAUCCCCAUACUUUACAACUCUAGUAUGGAAGGAAGUGUAUGAUAAAGGUCCUGAUCCGGUUUGUAAACAAGUAAAGAAACAAGACACGAGAGUUACGAUUUCCCAAGUCUUAGACCAGCCAAGGUACGUCUCGGUGAGCUUGACCGCUCACUAG